AUGGCGAAAAAGACGUACGAUUUAUUGUUCAAAUUGUUGCUAAUCGGCGAUUCGGGCGUCGGAAAAACCUGCAUUUUAUUUCGAUUUUCAGACGAUGCUUUUACUACCACUUUUAUAUCCACAAUAGGUAUAGAUUUUAAAAUAAAAACCAUAGAAUUAAGAGGUAAAAAAAUCAAACUGCAAAUAUGGGAUACGGCGGGUCAGGAGAGAUUCCACACCAUCACCACCUCGUACUACAGGGGCGCUAUGGGGAUAAUGUUAGUGUACGAUAUUACGGAUAUGAAAAGCUUCGAGAACAUCGUCAAAUGGCUGAGAAACAUCGAUGAACACGCAAACGAAGACGUGGAAAAGAUGAUAUUAGGCAACAAAUGUGAUAAGGCGGAUAAAAGAACAGUUAGCAAAGAACAGGGAGAAACUAUUGCCCGAGAGCACAGUAUCAGGUUCAUGGAAACAUCGGCGAAGGCCAACGUGAACAUCGAGAGGGCUUUCAACGAACUAGCCGAGGCCAUUUUGUUGAAGACGGCGGGAAAAGAGCCGGGGGAUCCCGUCGAUAGAGUGACAGUCGACAGACGGCCCACAAACACUUCGAAAUCUUGUUGUAAUUAAUUUCUAUCAUCGCGCCUUAUCAUUUUUUUUCCUUCUCGCCUACU